GGCGAAAUCGUCUUCUCGAUCAAAGCCUUGCCAUUCUUGCAUAGCAUCGAUAUAACAUAUAAUGGCGGCCCCAGUCGCCAUGGCGCAUUCUGCGCCACGCAUCACUGAAACCGCAGAGCUACAGCAGGCAUUGAAUACCGCGCAUUUUGAGCUUAACUAUGAGAAAAGUGCACGAAUCAUCGAGGGUGUUGCUAAAGAUGAGGAAAUUCGCGUUUUGAAGGUGAAGAUUCAUAUCAUGGAGGAUGAAGUGGAGGAAUUAAACGAGCAACUGGCCAAAGAGGAGGAGCGCGUUGACAUGCUCAUUCAAGAUCUGGAAGAGGCUACUGCAAGUGCAGACCAAUUGGACAGCCAAGUUAAGAAGUUGCAGAAUGAGUUGCGCGUGAAAAAUCGCGAACUAGAGACUGCUAGGGCCGAAGUCGCAGCAUUGAGCGACAUAUCCAAUGAUACGGCAAAGGUGCUCAAGGAGAAGCUUGCGCUCGCUCGAGAACUGGCUAAUCUGAAGCCCGAGCUGGAGCAUCUGAAAACACAAGCUGCAUCUAACCAAGAAUUGCUGGCGGAGAAAUUGUCUCUUCAGCGGCAGCUUUCCACCCUGCAGGUCGAGCUCGAGAACGCGAAGCGAAGCGCAGAUAGGAACUUCAAAGCGGGAAAAAAUGAUGAAAAAAUCGAAGAGUACAGAGCACAAAUCGAUCAACUUAGAAAGGACCUAAAGGAAGCGAGGAAGACGGACAAGAAGAUCGAGACGCUUGAGCUUGAACUUGUGGCCGCAAAGAAAGCAGCCGAAGAAUAUAGCCGACCCAAGUCAAGCUCGAACGAGCCCGCUUCGCAUGAAAUGAAGACACAGAUCGAGGCACUAAAGAGGGACCUUGCCAACGAAAAGAGAGAGCGUCAACGCGCGGAGAAAGCGUUGGAAAAAGAACAGGCGGGCUGGGAGGCUCAACGCUCAACUCUAGAGGAUAAGCUUGCAAGCUUCCGUGCAAAACUCAAGUCUACAAAAGAGAAGCUAAAGCAGUCUGAAGCAGAGUUAGACUCCGUGCGUGAAUCUGUAACGUCCAAUGCCGGUGCCUCAGCAGGUGCUGGGACCAAGGCUACUGCCAACUCACGGAAAAGAUCGGCACCUGCCGUCGACCCCGACGUGAUGUUAGGAACCCCUGGAGACCAUCCGCAAGCCAAGAGGGGACGAAAGGCAGUGACUGCGAGCCAUGUUGGCGAUAAGAGUACAUUCAGCAUCACACCGUUCCUUAACCGGACCAUGAGUCUUGUACCCGAAAGUCCUGGGAGCGCGAAAGAGGACUCCGGCGGGAAAAAGCGCAAAGCCAGUGAUGAUGAUGACGAUGUGGAAGGUGGUAAAGAUGCAGAGGAAGCCACUCCGUCCGCAACUGCGAAGAGAGGAAGCAAGAAAUCCGAAAAGACAACCAUGACCAAGGUCCUUGCACCAGCGUCGAGUGCGAAACAGAACAGCAAACCUCCAGCUAAGAGAAGCAAAGGUGCACCGUCUACGCUGGAGAAAGUCGCGGAGGAAGACGAGAACGAUAGCCCUAAGAAGCAUCGUCCAGAUCCCGCACCGGAAAAGGAUAAGGAGGAAACCGCAGCGACCACAACAAUGCAAGAAACGUCUUCUGAGAAAGAACCCCCUGCGCCUGCCGGAGCGUACAAGGAGAAAAAGACGACCACAACUGUUCCUCUCGGCUUGGUGCCCAAGCUGAAGUCGACCUCAACAGGUAGCAAGCCACGCAAAUCGCUACUCUCUUUUGCAGCUUUCACGGACGAGCCUGCUCCGGUUGAAAAGAAGCCAAAGAAGCGAAAGCUACUGGGCGGCGGCGGCAAUACCAGUGUUCUCGGUGGAGGACUAGGCAAGACCCUUUUUGAUGAGGAUGACGACGACGGGCUGCCCAGCAAACCUGUCCCUGGAAGGGGCCUUUUUGCAAAGCGAAACUUGCUUGGUGGGAAAGGCAAACCAGGCGCGGCGGGUACGUCCGAGGUGGACGGGUUUGUGUUUAGUCCGCUGAAGAAGGAUAGAAAAGCUAUGGCAUUGGCACAGAGCAUGUUGGGCAAUUAAGGAGGCUAAUGACGGAAAGAGAACUUUGGUUUGACCGGUGCGUUCUAUGGAUUUUUGGGGAGUUAAAUCGCGCCCAAGCCUGAAUUCUUUUGAUGUGCAAAUUGCGUGUUGCAACGCUAGACUCUCCAAAUCAUCCGAGCACUUCUUCUCGUCCCGCAUCUUCUUUUCGACGUAGGCCGAUGAAGUACGCUUCCUUACUCUCCUGUAUGAUCUCAUUAGCCUUUGCAUUCGACUAGAUUCCUUCUCUAGAAGGACUGAAAGAAUUCC